CUAUCCUUUCUAUCCUUUUGUUACUACUACUACUUCUUUUUUUUUUCUUUUUUCUUUUAUUUUUUUUUUUCUUCAAUACAGUGUUCAUCCUUUUGUUCUGGACUCGAGCUUCUUGCGAUCCGUCUACAUUCCUCAUUGGACUCUGAUUUCGCGUUAACGAGCAAUCUAUUUCCGUGCUCAUUUCGGUUUUUGUACACUAUCGCUACCAAAGUUCCCCCAUCAGCUUGGUUGGCGGCCGGCCCCUACACCUUUACAUUUGUAUAUCGCUCCCCUAGUGAAUCGAUCGCACACAAUGCCAGGAACGUCGAACCAUAGACUUCAGGUAUCGGUGAAGCGAGAGCAGGAGGUCAAGAAGUUGUUGGUUAUCGUAGAAGGCCAAGCGACGAUCAGGCAAUUGAGGAGUUAUAUCGCCAAGUUGCUACAAAAGAAUUACCCAGAUGCGACGUAUGUAUCGUCCCUUGUUCCUGUGUUUUUGCUUGAGGAUGUGGGUCGUGGCGAUGCGGUUAAAACAAAGAGGAGAUCACGUUCGUUUGAGAUCAUCGCGAUAAAAAACCAGAAUUCGUUUGACUUGGAUGACGAUUACCUCGUGGAGGACGUCUUCGACAGGAUGGAUUUUGCACACGCGUUGGGACGAUACAAUGAGGACCUCGAUCAGGGCCAGGACCAGGACCAGGACCAAGGGCAAGAUUACGACGACUCUGCGGCUUCCAGGAAGCGCAAGCAUCGGUACACUCCCGAAUCAUCCCCAGUACCGGACCAGGACGCGCCAGUAGAAGAGCCAUCAUCAUCAUCGCCUUCUUCUUCUACAGCAGAUUAUCCGACGACAUCCGCAUCCGCAUCGGAGACCCCUGCGAAGAAGCAAAAGCAGCAGGAGCAGGAUCUGAGAGAACAGCUGCCAGGAUCCGAAGAGGAAUGGGUAAAGGCAAGAGCAGUCGUCGAUAGCGUUUGGGCGUCAGUCGCCCGGUCGGGACACCAUCCGGAUUCAAACAGUAAAGCGAAGGCCGCUGUCGACUUACAAGGAGGUAGUAGCAGCCCUGUUUCCUUAGAAUCGGCUCAUAGCCCAUCAUCAUCACCAUACACUCUCGCAGCUACAUCAUUGGAUUCAUCCGCAUCAUCGCCAUCUCCUUCCGAGCCCGCGCCUUUACCUUUAUCGAACCCUGGGCCGCAUGCUGUCAACAAGAAACCCAUAAAUACCAAAUCAAAUGCAGCCACCAAUAAUAAGAAAGGAAAGCCUACCGUUAAGGAGCAAUCAGCCUCUGAGGAAUAUGAAUUGGAAGAUUCCGAGGAAGACGAUGUUGAGGCCGCCGCGGCCGAGGAGAAGAGGGCCAAGAUGAAGGAGCAAGAGGCAGUUCGCAAAAAGGAGGCUGCUGCUGCUGCUGCUGCUGCGGAAGAGAAGACGCGGUUGGAAGAGGAGGAGCGCAAGCGGAAAGAGGCCGAAACCAAGGCCAUAGCAGAAGAGGAGCGUCGGAGGGCCGCUGCAGAGGCGGAGGCGGAGAUCGCUCGCAAGAAGGAAGAGGCGCGGUUGAAGAAGGAGGCCAAGGCCAAGGAGCGUAUGGAAGCGGCACAACGAAAGAAGGAAGAAGAAGAGAGGCAGAAAGAAGAGGCGAAGAGAAAGCAGGAAGAGGCCACGAGAAAGGCGGAAGAGGCCAAGAAGAAAGAGGAGGAGGCCAGGAAGAAGGAGGAGGCCAGGAAGAAGGAGGAAGAGGCCACGAGAAAGGCGGAGGAGGAAGGCAAGAGGAAACUGGAAGACGCCAUAAGGAAGGCGGACGAGGAGGCCACAAGGAAGGCGGGCGAGGAGGCCAAGAGGAAACAGGAAGAGGAGGCUAAAAAGAAGAAAGAGGAGGCGGCUCGGAAGAAGGAGGAGGAGGCGAAGAGAAAGCAAGAAGAAGAGGAACGCGCGAAGAAGGCCACUGCUGAGGAAGAAAAUCGCCGGAAGGAGACUGCCUGGCGUGAUGCUCGCGAGAAGGCAAUGGCAGAGUUGGAAACAAAGAGAAAAGAAAAGGAAGCGCAGGGGUCCAAGGAUGCCAAAGACCAAGCCAAGGUCAAGGAUGAUCAGCACAUGGAUGUUGAUGAGGAGGAACCCACACAAAUGGCGCCCAAGAGUCCCUCAAAGAAGGUCGCACUGAAGGCAGUCGAAGUAAAGCUUCCUGUGAAGAGAAAAAAAUCGCUGGACGAGGAUGCGCGCAAGCAGACAAAGCAGCCUACAUCGCCAACCGCCGCCACCAGGCCUGUUAGAGGUGCUGCUGCCAAGGCUAAGGAAAAGGUCCAUGCGAGCUUCACGGAUAUCCCGAACAUUGAAGAGGAUGAAUUAAGCGAGGAGCCAAGCAAGGAGCCAAGCAAGAAUGCUCCUGUGGUUACCCCUGCUCCAGCCACAGCUGCAGCGGCGACGGCGCCAACGACCCCAAAGAAGCGCGGACGACCACCAAAAGUAAAGCCUGCAGAGCCAAUUGUAGAGAAGAACGAGGCUGCUGGUAAGGAUGCUGAUAAGACCGCUGACGAUGCGUCUCAGAAAUCCGAUGCCAAGGAAACCGCCAGCGGAGCACCCCUAUCGCAGAGUCGGAUCGCCACAAUGACAUCACCCGCAAAGACAAAGGACCUUCCCGUACGCACCUCACUGACGGACGCUGACCUCGAACAAGAAGUUAUGGAUUUCUUGGAGCAGAAGCGCGUCGAGAGGGAUUCUCAGAUUAGGUCCCCCGUGAUGAACAGCACAGCGGCCGCCGCGGUCAUACAGCAGGAUUCGGAGCCUUACCACGGAUCGCUACCUCGUCCAUUUACAACAUCCAAUAGUAACAAUAGUAAGCAGAACAAUUCUUCGGUGUCCACAUCGCAGUCGCAAGCGAUGGGUCGGCCGAGAAUGAGAGAUUUGGACCUGGACACGGACUCUUCAGAUGACACCGGGAACGGCGACAAGGAGGAUUAUGCGAGCCCAACAAUGCCACCGGCAAUCAUGGCAUCACGUCCUUCGAUCAGCAGACAUGCCAACGUCGGUGUCAGUGCAGGUGUAAAUGCGAAGCAGGCUCAGGCGCCAGCACGGUCGGUGUUAGGCGUUUCGACAGUCUCUACUUCUUCGGCAAAUAAGCAGCAAGGUAGCGAAGACGAGGAGGACGAUGAACCACUGGUCAGGCAUCGUGCUGGAGCACCUGUCACGCCAGUCAAAGUCAAACAGGAAGCAAACGGGUCAGCCGGCACCAACAAGGCGGCGGUCGCAAAGAAGUCGGUUGCAAAGUCAUCGUCAUCAAGCGAGAGCGAGAGCAGUAGUAGCGGUGAUGAUGGGUCGGACGGCAGCAAUGGUAGCUAUGACUCGUCAGAUGAUGAAUCGACCAGCUCGGACUCAGACUCAGAGUCGGACUCGAGCGAUGAUAAGGACGGCAGCGGCUCGGAUGAUAACACCGCUCCUCUUGCAAAGAAACCCACCACCACCACCACUGCCCUCACUUCUUCACCAGCCAAGAAACCGCCAAGCAGUGCACUGAGCGACAUCCGCAGCUUGAACGGGACCAAUGUCACCAACAACAAGACCAAACCCGCGAAUGAGAUCAAGUCGCCUGUCCGCCCAUCACUGCCAGUCUCAUCAACGAUGUCUCUCUUCGGCCCCGCGUUUACUUCCUUGUCCGAUAUCUCUUCUAUGAACGGUAUGCCCAAGAUCCAGUCCCUCUCGGCACUGACAGCCCAGAGCCGUGCAAACAAGCGCUUGGGUACCAUCGGCUCUGUCCUCGCCUCCUCCACGACGAAUCAAUCCUUGAAUACAUCGACCUCGACCGGAGCCAAGAGGAAUCAGACAAACGGCAAGGGUGGGAAUGCAUCGUCGUCUGAAGAAGAAGAGGACUCUGAGUCAGAAGAGGACUCUGAUAGCAGUGAUGACGACGACGAUGACGACGACGACAAGGAUAUAAAGCGAAAAAUAGCCCCACAGGUCAAGAUUGCUGGUCAGAAGCGCAAGACCCCUAGUUCAUCCUCAGCGGCAACCAAGGGCAAGGCAUCAGCUGCGCCCAAGAAGAAGAAAGGCGGCCUCGGCGCCAUGUUCGUUUGA